AGUGCUGCAGCGCACUUGGAUCAUCCCAGCGUUUUGCACGAGCUUUUGCUGAUGAACAAGACAGCAGUGUGUCCGUUUUUGGAAUGCUCAAGCUCGCUGAAGUCGAAUGUGGUCCCAUUCGGAAGCUAUUCGCAGCAAGACACAGAAUUUUCACGUUUUCGAGGAAUCCAGAUAGUUUUUUGUGCCACAGACGCGAUUCUGCUUCGAACGAAGGUUUUGCAGAAAAUGCUUGCAAAUCAUCCAGAAAUUACGCUUUUUGAAAUGGGGAACGAAUAUCUAUGUAAAGCGCUGGACAACGAAGGAAUUUUCAUUUUCUCGACAUCUUUGGAAACAUUCGGUCACAUGAUACAUUCGGAAGAUUUCAAGCAAGGCAGCACAGAAGGAGAGUUGUAUGAAUUGGUCAAGAAUCCUUUUGACUGGAGACAACGAUAUUUGCAUCCAGAAUUCGAGCUUUAUCUCAACGGGUCCAAGCUCAUCAAAGAACCGUGUCCAGACGUCUACUGGUUUCCUCUCAUGACCGAAAGAUACUGCAAGUCAAUCAUCAGAGAAUUUGAGACCUUCGGGUUCUGGGGAAACGGUUCCGAGGAGGAUCCCAGGAAUGACGGACAUGAACCAGUCCCGACGGUCGACGUGUAUUUCACUGACAUGGGACUGCAUGAAACAUGGAUGCAAUUUUUGCGGGUUAUCCUGUUUGAAAUGGUUCAAAAGGUUUAUCGUGGAUUCUCCCGCGGGCCUCCAGAGUCGGCGCACACUUUCUUGGUCAGAUACCAACUCGGAGAGCAAACCUAUCUCAGAAGUCACGAAGAUACCGCUAUUUACACGAUCAACAUCGCCAUGAACCCGAAUUCUGACUUCACGGGUGCUGGAUUACGAUUUUCGAAAAGUGAAUGCUUCAUCCCCGAAACGGAAAUGGGUUGGGGACUACUUCAUCCAUCCAGACUCACCCACAAUCAUGAAGCAAAGCCAAUACGAAGUGGAAAACGAUAUGUGCAAGUUUCAUUUAUUGACAACGAAUAGUGCUCUCUUAUUCAGAACGAAUUUAUGCUGCAUCUUUACUAACCUGAAUCAUGCGUGUCGUCCAAAAAGAAAUUCAAAAUUUACUGUCCAAGAAUGCCGAAGAGUAUUCUUUGUUUUACCUUUGCACACAAUAAAACAGGAAACGGAUUUUUUCUGAAAAAAAAACUGUUUGAAAAAUUUGCUGAAAGAUGAAAACGUUUCCCUAUAUUUAUGAUUUUAUCAUCGGUCGCUCCGUUUCAAUUUCAAUUCUUACAAACUCAAUCGAAGCAAUAAUCCAAAUAUUAUAAGGAAAAAACCGUGUCCGGGUGAAAUCGGGGAUUUUCGGGAAGACAAAAUUCGCGUUCUUGGAAAAACAAGAAAUAUUUUUGCAAGUGUUUUUUUUCUUGAAUAUCUAUAGUUCGUGAAUUUUAAUCGUGCAUAUACAUGAAACCCUUUUUUCGUAUAUUUUCCUCUCAAAUGUCACAGACCAAAUUCGAUAGUACUGUCCUGUAAUUUUGUUUUCCUCGUACCAUGAUACUAUAUUUUCAAAAGAGUUACCGAUUCUCUCGAAUGCUUCCUUGCAAAAAAUCAGGACACGUUUUUUUUUUUUAAAGAGGCAAAAAAAAUUUCAAAACACAGAGAUCACAAAUUUGUAUGCUGCUGCAUUUUCUGUUUCGAAAAAUUCAGCGUCAAUCGUUAAAUGAAGAAUUUCAAUUCCUCGGUUCGAACGUCCACCAAUUCGAGCAGAGCCCGUGAAAACGAAUUCUCUUCGUCCCAGUAAAGUGAGUCGGAAAUGAAGGAAGGCUGAGGGUAUAUUUCCUCCCCAUUUCUCGCAAUCGAGGCUGGAACGGUAAUUAAACAGAUAUGUCUUUAA